ACCUUCUUUCACCUAGCUUGACCACCCGUACAACUCGCACAGCUCAGGAUAUUCGCGUGUGUUCGCCAUGGCGGCACGGAAACUUCAAACCGAAAUCGACCGCACCUUGAAAAAGGUCUCCGAAGGUGUCGACCUCUUCGAGAGUAUAUACGAGAAGAUGCAGGCCUCGACAAACCAGACUCAGAAGGAGAAGCUCGAAAUGGACCUCAAGACGCAGAUAAAGAAGUUGCAGCGGCUACGGGACCAGAUCAAGACUUGGGUGGCCAGCAACGACAUUAAAGACAAGUCACAGCUAUUGGAGAACCGGAAGUUGAUUGAAACGCAAAUGGAAAAAUUCAAAGCCUGCGAGAAAGAGAUGAAGACGAAAGCGUUCUCUACAAUUGGUCUCAUACAAGCCGCGAAGCUGGACCCUAAGGAACAGGAGAAGGAAGAGGAGACCUUAUGGCUACAAGGCAAAGUCGAAGAGCUUCAGAUGCAAAUUGAGCAGGCGGAGGCAGAGAUCGAGGCUCUGCAAGGCGCAGGUAAAAAGAGAGGGAAAGCAUCGUCAACUGCUGGUCGCUUGGAGGAGCUCGAGCAUCUAAAUGAACGACGGAAAUGGCACGUCAGUCGGCUGGAGCUUGUUUUACGGCUCCUACAGAACGGAUCCCUGACAACAGAGAAAGUCGCAGAGCUUCAUGAAGAUGUGUCAUAUUUCGUGGAAAGCAAUACGGAAGAAGACUUCGAUGAAGAUGAGGGCAUAUAUGACGAACUCAAUCUAGACGAAGAGGAAGAGAAAUUCGGUCUGCCUGCGGGCGAUGACGACGACAGCGACGAAUCAGAUGGACACAGCGAAGUGGACCUACCGCCAAGAACGCCGAAGAAAUACGAUGAGGAAAGCGUCGCAAGCAGCAAACAACACGAAAGUCCAAUAUUAAAGAAGUCGACAAUACAGCUACGGAAACAAUCUGUGGACAUAGCAAAGCCUCCACCUCCAAAUCCGAAUUUUGCUCAGCAGCCUAUGUCGAGUAUAGUGAAGGCGGGCUUGCCUACACCUCGGCCGGUAGCUACACUACCGCCCAUACGGUAUGCAACAGCUGCUGCGGCUGCAGUAGCACCACUACCUCCGCCGCCAUCAGCGCCAGCGACGACAGUAGUGCCGCCUCCAACAUCAAAUGUUCCUCCGUUGUCGGCCGUUCCUCCAAUAUCAUCGCACUCGGAACAGGCUACUCUAUCGUCACCAAGCUUGACGCAUCCAUCUGUAACGAGCCCCAUGUUAUCAUCCGCUGCUUCACAGCAGCCCGAUGGGUCAUUCUAUUCCAGUCAGGAAUCGCCGGCGGUGUCAGAAGCCGUACCAAGUUCAAUUGACGGCCCUGCAGCCACAUCUUCGCCUCAAAGGAUGUUAGCGACGCGAAUAGAGUCCGCGUCUGAAUCCAAGGCGGCUGCCCAGUCACCCAGCGCAUCGCAUGCACUAGCAGUCUCCUCUGACCAGACCGCUAAUGGCUCAGCGCAGACGCAAGCACAACCUUCACCUCUGCCGCAGCAGGUUCAACAAGCGCCUGGACCCUCGAUGUCUGGUUCGUCACCUUUGCCUUCACAAGCGAAAGCACCGCAGUUUCCUCCUGGCGUCAAAGUCCCGGCCGAGACAGUCUCUGCGCAACAGCAACACAGGCCAUCGGCCGCUCCGGGUGCCUUCCCUGGCUCCCUUUCAGAUUUAGUAGUGUCGUUUGAGAGUGUGAAGCAGAAAGCUCUGCGUGUGCCGAACAAUGAUAACGUGCACAAGAUGCUCGAGGGUGGUUAUUCAAGCAUGCCUCAGCCACAGGACACUGAGAAACCUAAAUACUAUGUCCCAAGAACACCUUACCAGACAGCGUCGUAUUACCCCCAGACACCGCAUCCUCUGCUGAGUACUCCUGCCAUAUUUUCGCAGCUAGAUGUGGAGACGCUGUUUUACGUGUUCUACUUCCUCCCAGGGACAUAUCAACAAUAUCUUGCGGCUAAGGAACUGAAGCGUCAGUCAUGGCGAUUCCAUGUCAAGUAUCUGACUUGGUUCCAACGACACUCCGAACCCCAAGCUAUAACGGAAGAGUAUGAACAAGGAGUCUACGUGUACUUUGACUGGGAAGGGUCAUGGUGUCAAAGGAAGAAGAGCGAUUUCCGCUUCGAGUAUCGCUAUCUCUCGGAAGAGUGAUCAUGAUUCCUCAUUUUUCUUGACCUUUUAGGCCAAGGUGCUUUAUUCGCGUUGACAUAUAUAUAUCAACCUCAUUGUAUCUCAUGAAUGAGACGGACGCGCA